GGCUCCGUCCGCUGACUUCCGCUUCCGGGCAGCCGCUGUGUCCUGGCGGAGGGUCGCGGAGCGGGCAGGAUAUUGGUCCUUCUGAGCGCGUGGAAAAUAAGCUGACACUCUCUGAGAACUGAAAUUCAUCUUUGCUUGUAGGUAUGGGGCAUGGAAGUGAACAUGGCCAUGGCCACGGCCACGGCCGAACAGAACUGCCCGACUACAGGCAGUGGAAGAUAGAGGGUACUCCACUCGAGGAGGUCCAAAGAAGGUUGGCUAAACGGGGUCUCAGGGAUCCAUGGGCUCGUAAUGAAGCUUGGAGGUAUAUGGGUGGCUAUGCAAAACCUGCCACCUUAACAGAAGUCUUUACUAGGGGACUCAAGUGGGGAUUUGCAGCUUUCGUUGUUGCUCUUGGCAUUGAGUAUGCCCUGUUUCCCCCGAAGAAGAAUGGAGGACAUCACUGAAGAUCAAAUACGACAAUACUUCUCACUACUAAAAUGUACAAAAACCUGCUGCCCACUGUACUUAUAAUAUGCAUAUUAAAGUCUAUCACAGGUAAAA